AUGGGGCGAGCUAAUAAGCGGAAGUCCAUCACGCAGGUGUCCAUCGAGGCGUUCGUGGGAUCGAGCCCUUCGAAACGCGUGGCGGAGGAUGUCCAAUUCAAAGUGCCAUUCCUUCCCAUGUCUGCUCCGGGUGAGCCCACCCCCGCGGCCUUCCGCGAUGAUAUGCCGUUGUACGAGCACCAGCGCCGCUCGCUACACCGCAUGCUGCAGGUAGAGGCACGCGACGAGGAUGUUGCCAAAUUCAAUUUUGGCAUGCUCGACUACUUUUCCAAGGGUGGGGCGCUAGCGGACGCCAUUGGAAUGGGUAAAACAGCUACGAUGCUGGCUCUGAUUGCUGGAGAACCGAGGGACUACGCAGCCGGUGCCAACCUGCUCGUAGCACCGUCGCAUCUGCUAAGUCAGUGGAAGCACGAGGUGGGCAAAUUUGUCAAGGAUGGAGAGAUCGAUGUCGUGCUGGGACUGAGGCAGUACAUGGAACUGGUAGAGAACCCGGCGGCUAGAGCAAAUAUCUCGAAUCGAAUGCUGGUGCUGGUGGGCGUGGAAGAAGCUGUCAAGUCCAGGAACCACUACUUUCAGUACGGGAAGCUUUACCCGAUGGAGAUAGGCAGCACAGGAAAGCCACUCCACGUGAACCCCAUUGCUUUACAGGAGUACGAAGAAGCUGCCAGGUUCGUGCACAAAGCCUAUUGCGGUCCGCUGUGGGUGACACCGCUGCACCUGCCGCAGAAACCGUGGAGACGUGUGAUCUUUGAAGAAGUACAGGACUUAGUGCUGCCUGGAAAAAGCGCGAGAGACUGUUUUGUUCAACUCACACACAAGUGUCUGAACGUGUGGCUGAUUACCGCGACACCAUUCCCAGGCAAAGCCGAGUCGAUUUACGCUAACAAUCAACUGCUAGGAUUUAAGCGGUUGCGUCUAUUGCCGCACGAUCCUGCCUUCGAUGAGAUCAAGCGAAAGCUCUAUCUGCGCAACUGCGCGCAGGUGAAGCAGCAAGCGAUCACGGAUAAAAUUAAGGUGGACGAAACGUAUAUCCCUGUCAAGCUGCACCCCAAGGAGCUGUUGUUGUACAAAAUCGAACAGAUAUUGGCGGCGAAGCAGUCGGAGUACGCCUUAUUCGCCCUUGGAGAUGUUGAUGUGCUGGCUGCUGGUGGAAAAGAGGGUACAGCCGACGUGGUAAUUGAUGAUGACGGGCCAGUGGCCGCCAAGGUUCCUGUCUCGGAAAUGCUUUGGUCAGAGGAGUACAAGCCCGCUCGACAAACUUGUGUGCACGCAGGCAUCUCUGAUCGGAUACUCGAGCGCGAACGAGGUGGCAAGCAGAAUGGCUCGAAGGAGAUGGCAGCGCCGACGCUGAUCAAAAUAAAAAGCCCCAAUGAGGUUUUCCGCGAUGAGAAGUACCACUUAAGCCGGCAACUGGCUGUGGCUACGAAGCGUAAAAAAGAAGUGGAAGUAAUGGAAGCUGCAACGCGCAACACCGUGGCGAUCUGUCGUGCUAUUCACUCAAACGCUUAUGCUACAGUGAAGGACUGUUUCGACGACAUGGAGAACUCUGGCUUAAGCGCAUUCUUCAAUGGAAGUGGAGAGACGGAUGCUGGUUUCCGCAUGCUGUACAAGCAUUAUCCGUACGGCGACGAAAUGCCAGAGCCGACGGAGUUACUCUUCUACCAUCACGGUGAAAUUGCAGACUACAUACUGAAAUACUUCAGCACUAUGGACAAGGUGGAGAAACUCGCCAGGGCAAUGGAGUCCACGCUGAAUGAACGGUGCCCACGAGCCCGCGCGGUCGUUGAAGAGCAACUCAAGCAGGUUGCAGAGUGCGUGGAGCUCAUCAAUUCGGUCAAGACUGGCGACGAUGAGCAUCAGUCCAGCGAGACAAAGUCUGCACACGUUUCCUCUUUCCAUAGUGGGGACAUCCAGGUCCUCAUCUUGAACUCGCUUACUAGUGCGUCUGGAAUCAACUUGCAGGUCGCAUCGCACCUUAUUUUCUUGGAUCCGGUCGGAUAUAGUCCCAUGCAGGCCAAUACACUGGAGCAGCAGGCGAUUGGUCGUGUGCUGCGAAUGGGUCAGACGAACGACCUCGUGACUGUUGUCCGGCUUAUUGCUGAAGACACGGUGGAGGCUACACUCUACGAUGACAUCCACGAAGCCACACAGAAGACCAUUGCGGCGGACGACUCGUUCUUUGACGGUGAGAGGGAGGACGCAUAUGUGUGUGCCGACUUUGCUACACCAGUUCGGCGUGUUGUGCGCAUGUUUGCUCCAGCGAAAGACGGAGCACAGAUUGAAGACGAGGAGAUCCAGAUCGAGGGCUCCAUGUCAAUUGAGGAAGCCAUCACGCAUCGGAUAGAGCAGGCUGAAGCAGAAGGCGAGGUCUUCGAUCUUACGGAAGACGUGCCGAUGGAUUUCAAGCAGCAGCUCGCUGCAGUUCGAGAACACGACACACAUCAACUCAAAAAGCGCCGGACUCGAGGAAAUGUGAACAACGAGGUCUUCACUGCCCCUGUUGUACCGGUAUCUGAUGGAGAAGUCCUUGUCAAGAACGAGCCGAGGAGCAACCUUAAUCAGUAUUAA